UCAGAGGUUUCCCUAAUAGGGGAUCUGUCGCUUUCGACCUACUAUCGUCCACAAACACUCUUAGCCGAGUUUGCCGUUAAGAGACAGUCGUUUCCGGCGACCGUUAACCGCGAAGUUAGCAUAGUAACGGCUCAGGAAGCGUUAGCGAGCUAACGGUGGCUAACGUCAACAGCAAGAGAUGAAUGCAGAUCUGUGCAGCUGCUUUGAGGAAAAAUUACUUCUGCUGGCCUGCAGCCAAAACCAUGUCUGACAUUGUGAUCAAUAUAAGCCACUCUGAUGAGCCUGCACAGGAGAGAACUCCUGCAGGAAACCAAAAGAGAAGAAACAAGCGGUUUCGUAAAAGAAUGCGGGAUUUUGAGCACAAGGGCUUGAUGGAAGGCCGACAUAAAUACAACCACAAAAUGGGACAUUCCAGGUAUGACCCGCCUCCACACCCAAAUGGAGCGUCUGCAAAGUAUCCAUCACUUCCCACUUUUACACACAACAGAAGUUUACCUCGUCCAAGCAGCACAGCCGGUGCUUCACACUGUAGCUCCAAGCCUUCAACGUCCUCACACAGCCUGCCUUCCUUCCCUGCCUCUAUGAACAACAGAGGCAGCUGUGAACAGCUAAAAGGGCCUAUGAACACGAAUCCAAUGACCACUACCCACCGCCCCUCAGCGUCAAGCAGCCAGAAACCCAGCACUGCUACAGCGUCAGCAGGAAUCCCCACAAAGUACCUCGCUAUUGACUGUGAGAUGGUGGGCACGGGACCAAAGGGGAGCAUCAGCCAGCUCGCUCGCUGCAGCCUUGUGUCCUAUGACGGAGACGUGGUUUACGAUAAAUUUAUUAACCCUUCUAUGCCUGUCACUGACUACCGCACCCGAUGGAGUGGCAUCCGGCACAGGGACCUCAUCAAUGCCAUGCCGUACUCUGAGGCCAGGAAGGAGAUACUGAGGCUGCUCAUGGGGAAGGUGGUGGUUGGCCACGCCAUCCACAAUGACUUCAAGGUCCUUGGCUACUCUCACCCCAAUGCCUUGACCAGAGACACGUCUCGAAUCCCUCUGCUCAACCAGAAGGCUGGCUUUGCUGUGAAUGAGUGCGCCUCGCUGAAGAGACUCACCAAGGCCAUCUUGAACAAAGACAUUCAGACUGGGAAGAAGGGCCACUCGUCUGUGGAGGACGCCAAAGCCACCAUGGAGCUUUACAGAGUGGUGGAGCAGGAGUGGGAGAGGAAACUGGCCAGCUAGUGCCAGCUCUGAAGAGAAAACAUGGAAAUAAACUGAGUUCAAACGGACAUUUUUGCGUGGCAGGUAUGUGGUUUGGACCGACUGCUGUCCUGUUGACGUGUGAAUGAAGGUGCCAGGAAGACGAUACAUACUGGAACAUGCUUCCAACAUCUGAGUUUUAAAAUGUUACAAAACUAUGGGAGAAGAAUAUAACAACUGUGGGGUCAGGCACUUUGCACUGACCUUCAGUUUCAGCAGUUCUUUCUCAGGGUAUGCAUUGAGUUCAAAGGUGCUCCUGCCACUAGGGGGCAGUCAUGUAUUCAUUCCAACAACAGCAGUACAUCAUUGAUCCUCAUAAUCCUGUACACCAAACAAUGGUUCUAAGUUUCCACAAAAUAAGUGUUUUUAAACCUGAAGCCAAACUUCAGUCUUUUCAUUUUAUAAGAUCAUGUUCGUUAUCCUCAAGUGAAAAAUUGAGACAAAAUACUUUCAUAUUGUUCAGCUUUGAUGCAACCAGUGAUGUUGUUCAGGGAGGUGGCCAAAGUUUUUGAAAUGCUGAGGUCAUUGGCCCUGCAUGUGGCUUUUUAUAGAAAAGAAAUGUUUUAGAAAAAAAAAUUGUUUUAAAAGAAGGCACUGUUAAAGUAGUUGAAGUAUAUUUGCCCCCAAAAAAUAAUACUUAUUUUGGAUCAGGAGGCCUAAAAUUAAAAAAAAGUUUCACUAUAAUAAUACUUUAAAGUUUUCCCUGACCCCCACAUCAUGACCUCAGCGGUAGCUACAUCCCUGAUGUUAUUGAUGACUGUCUUUAUAAAACUCCUGCUUGUCACAGUGGCCGUCACAGCCACCAUCCAGGUGUUAAUCUGACCUCUUUUUUUCCAGUCAGUUGAUGUAAGUCUGCUGUUUGGGAAUGUGGAAGUGCUCGUACAGUCUCCUAUGCAACGUCUGACUGAGUUUAGCUGUCUGCUGCAGAUUCAGCUCGGUGCUUAACUUCAAUAAAUCAUUACCACAAUCAU